CAGCGAGUCGGCAUCGUCACACGAACACACAUAACUGAGAUUUCAUUCAUUGUUCCGGAUGCGCGUGACUGGAUAUACAGAGAGACCUGGAGGAUGACCGCCACGCCAAGUGCAUGAAUGCACUCACUGAGGUAGAGGUAGAGGGAAGUACACGCGACGAGAUCCUAUAUGUAUGUAUGUAUGUACACGCGACGGAUUGAUACACCAACUGAAUGUCGGUAUGCAGAAGGGAAUGAGAUUUAUACAUGCAUACAUGCAACGAAUUCGAUGAGGGGGGCAAAAAGCCAUAAAGGCUGCCUACAGGCGACACCAACACCCACACACGACAGCAAAGCUCUUAAACCCAGCACCAUGAUAGAUAUCAUGCCGUAUUCGACCGCACCACUGCCCCACCCCUCCACACACCCACAGUGGGUCGAUCUGUUGUCACGAGAAUAUGGCGUUGGUCCAGCUGGUGAAGACCUGCCGGCACAGUGGGCACUCGGGCGGCUGCAGGUUCUGUGCACAUUGCUGGCAGAUGCAGAAGUGGCCGCACGGCUGCAGCACCACCGACCUCUCCGUCUCCUGGCACACUUGACACUCGAUGGCCUCCUCUCGUGCCCUCUGGUUGCUCUGCUGCAUUUGCUGACGCAACUCGGCCUCUCGCUUCUGCUGGGCCGCCUGCUGAGCCCGGCGCUCGAGUGACUGCAGCUGGGGCAGUUCUGUGCUCAUGAUGGCCGUCUGGCGGUCCGCCAGCUGCAUAGCGAAGCCGCUGAGCUCGUCUGCAGUGGUCAGUCCAUUGAAGGUCUCGGUCAACCUGAAUUAUACACCAUACCACAUCACAUCACUGGUGUUGCCUUGCUCUGUGAGUGGGUACUGACUGGUCGAUCUGGUUGCUCCGCAGCUGAUAUAUGUCGGCCUGCAGCGCACGAUUGGCCUCGCCAAGGCUGACAGACACAAUGGGAGAUGAGCGUCAUGGCGUUCUGUCAAGGUGUGCGUCAGCUGCCUGUCGCGCACCUGGCAGUCUCCUCUCUUAGCGAUGCGUUCUCCUGUCUGAGUGACGCCUCCCUCUCCGCAGCAGCACUGACAGGUAAGGAAACAAACAUGAGUCCAAUUCAUUGCUUUGUGGGUCAGUGAAUGUUUUAUGUCUGGCUGACCUUUUAUGUCUGUCCAAGUGUUGUUGCAGCUGCCCCAUCUCGCCUCCUUCUGCUCGCGGAGAGACCUCUCGCGAUCGAUCUCACUGAACACACACAGACAUGUAAAGUGCCUUGUGCUUGCCUGUUUGAUGUGCGCACCUGGUGAGCCGCUGGUGCUGUUGGCCGAGCUGCUGGCGGUGGACCUCAUUGGCCUUCUUCAUAUCGGCCUGGAGCCGCUCGUUGGCCGCCAGGGUGUCGGCGACGGUCUGCUCGCCGGCCGCCUGAGCCUCACGCAAACUGCAUACAACACCAACACCAACACAACAACAAAAGAGCACAAAGCCAAGUGGAUGGAUAUUGAUGUCUGCGUACUGCUCAAUCUCUCGACGCGCGGCCAGCGACUCAUGCCUGCAGGCAGACAUCGGUGAUAAAUCUAACCCUCUUUCUCCUCUUCUCUCCCUCUCUUCUCUCACCGCAGGGCUUUGAUCUGCUGGUCCCUGCGCAUCAACUCAGCAGCAAACCUGACAAACGUGCGCAAAGACACCACAGCACCCUCUUCCCUUCCCCUUCGGUCAACUGCCUAGUCUACCUCCCACCUGGCCCGCAUCGCCUCAGUCUCGCCUCCAACACUCACACGCCCGUCGUCACGAUGCCCCGCCGCCCCUCCAUCGGUCUCCACGUCCACCUGGCCAGCCAGGCGCUCAUCACCACCCCAACGACGGUCACCCACAGCACCAAACUCACGCCCACCACCGGGCAGCGGGGGCAUGGGGGCGGUCGUCAGAGCCUGAGGAACUAGAGACCCACUGGCAGCGCUCAUGGCAGCAGCAGCGGCACCAGCAGCGACAGCUGGGACAUGAAGGAGGCUGCUGGACGGCUCGCUGUCCACAAGCUUAAAACCACCAUCCGCCUCUCCUCCCUCACGCACAGGUGCGCUGCCGUCCGCCAGAGGACAUGGCGGUGCUGCGGUCGAUGGGGCAGCCCGUGGUCCCUUGUUCUUGGGUCGUCGCUUCUUCUUGGCCUUCUUGCCGCCCUCGCCCUGCUGCUGCUGGUCGUCACUAUCGUCAGACACCUGCUCGCCGAUGGACGCAGGAGGUCCUUCUCGUUUCUUCGGGCCGCCGCCUCCUCAGCGGCCAUUUUAGCACUGGCGACAUCGUCGGUCUUCUUAUCGGCCUGGCGCUUCAUGCGUCGCUCCUGCAGGGCCUUUUGCUUCUGCUUGACCUCCAGUCUCUCACGCAGCUGCUCGCGCACCAAUUCACAGCGGCUCUUGGGCUGGCCGUCGACGGGGGGCUCCUUGCCUGCGACAAAUCUCUGAAGCGCUUCUGACAUAAGAAUGCCAUCCCAUGUAUGCGGAAUGUGUCUGCGUCUGGUGCUGCUGUUCAUACCUAUAUCCCUGAGCACUUCUGCCCUUGCCGCGGUGUUCUUGUUGAUUUACUCGUUGACGCGGGCGAUCUUGGCGUCGAUGCUGUCGAUGUCCCCCUCCUCGGCCUUGGACAGAGCGGCCUUGUCCCUCUGCCCCUCGAGGUCGCUGAGCUUGGUCUGCAGCGUCGCCAGCAGGCUGUCAAUGACGGCAACCCGCUUCUGCUUCUCACACAAAGCCUGAAUGAUAAUCGCACAGUAGUCGGCAACAGACGAUCCGCAGCGUGUGAUCUCGUGUACCGCUAGAUGCACAGUCUCCUGCUCCUGGCCCAGGCUGAUGGCCUCUGACCACAACACAACGAACGAGAUAAUGCAUAUGUGUGACUUUGCGCAUUUCCCCCUUCUCAGCCCACUCACCAUUAAGGGCGGUGCGUGCUUCAUCGACAUCCUUUUGACUGAUGUAGUUGACGGCAGGGUCGUCCUUGAGAGCCUCGAGCUGUCCCACGCACUCGCCAUACAUGGCCAGGUCAGCCGCCGUCACAGAGCAGGGGUCUUGGAAGCGGGAUGCUAAGACGGGGCGUCGGCUGUCGCAGGAUACGCUGUUGAUGUACAGGGUCAGCAGUGUGGGGGCCUUGUGGAUGACCGUCUGGAGCCACGUGAGUGGGCGCCUUGUAUUGUAGGACCGCACCAGGACCUCACAGAGGUGCUUGGGGAGAUUCGAUGAGGGCUCGACAUAGAGCUCCUCGGACACGGAGCUGAGAUCUAAACAGACAGGUGGCAGGCAAGUGGGAAGAGGGAGGAAGUGGCGGUAGUCUACCUAGUGGGCUCACCUGUCACGAUGACUGGCUCUUUGUAGGCGUAUUUCACUUCUUCCUUCUUGUUGAUCUCUUCGAUCACGCCGAUCAAGAAGCGAUCAGAGGCGCUGACAGAAGUGAAUGGCACAUCUGCAUCGUACCACAGGCACAACCGCAUAGUCGCACAAGCUGACUUGCCAUCUCUGCACAUUCACGUACUUGUGAGGUCCAGAACAAACGACGGAUUGCUUCUGAUCUCCUUCUCCUCUGCCCGCAGCCUCUCCUCCCUCCUCUCCCGUGCCGCCAUCCGUCGGUCCUCCUCAGCUGCGUCAGCCGCCGGCGGCAGGCGGGCGUCAUCGGCCGCCCACUGACGCUCCUUGACACCAGUGCGGCUCGGAGCUCACUCUCACGCUUCUCAUCGGCCCUGGUGACGGCACCAUGCACCAAUGACUCAAAGUUGUCACUCGACAGGAACUGCUGGCUGACGAGCUGGCCCAGCGGCACAGAUGCUACCGAUUGAACACAUAUGAAGCAGACCCAUGUACGCGAAGCUUGCUAGUGGCUUCACGUACAUAUGAGAGAGAGGCGCGAUAGUGUGAGGUCCUUCAAUACGAAGUGGAGGAAGGACGCAGUUCUGAUUGCGCUGGCAGCCAGACCUAGGUUCCUGAGUUGACACACACAGUCAGCUGCGUACACCUCGUAGACACACGGGUGUCUGUGGCCUACCUGAGAGUGCGCCGGUUGGGGUUGGUCCUGAGGCCAGCCGUCGCGGCAGAUCUGACUGUAUCCUCAACGGUGCGCAGCGACAGCUCGCCAACCGAAGCGAAGGACAGCUGGAUCUCCUCACACGCAAUGGUGCCGAAGAGGCGCUCCAGCACUGUCUGCAGACAAGAAAGAUGCCACCAGAAAAUGUAUCUCUCACUGUGAUUAGUGCUUUCCAGACCUGCAGUUGAUCGUGUUGAUUGGCUUCGUUGCCAGACGUGGUCAAGACAGCAUCCGACAGCUCCAGAUAUUCGAACGACUUGCCACACAGGCCCUGCAGGCGAUACGGCACACAAAUACAGCCAAAACUGUCCUUGGUUUCCCUUGUUUUUCGACGGCCCGACCCACCUCGAGUAAGUUUACACAGCACUUGAACGACACAUGACAUGAUAAGAUUGUCAUCCGCCUGUAUGCAUACAUCAAACGGCCUCAGUGAAUGCUCCGUUUCUCGUUUCUCGUACGCCGAUACCCGAGCUCGGCGAAGGAUCUUUCUUUCGUGUCGUCCCCCGCGUUGGCCGUCUGCCCCUCCUCUGUCGUCGCCUGUCCAUCCCCCUCCGAGUCUGCCGGUACGGCAGCCGACGAUGUGCUGGGCAUGUGCGUCACGUCACGCGAUGAUGACGGUGGUGGGGAGGAAAUGCUGCUGCUGCUGCUGCUGCUGCCGUCGUCCUUGCCGUCUCCUUCGGGCUUGGCCUUGAGCAGAGCACUCAACCGGUCGGCAAAGGCAGGGAUCAGGUGUCCGCGGACCAGAUACAGCACGGCAAGUGAGGGCAGGUGGCCAAUGGCAUUGGCGAGCCGGGUGCACUCGUCAUCGGGCACCUCGCGCAAAUCCACAUCUGAGCGGUACACAAAACAAACGGCAAGGUGCGCGUUCUGUUGCGACAGCCUUACCGGUCAGGCUCAGUGCAAUGAGAUGGUCGGCCUCCUCGAGGAAGCCGAUGAGGUCGCUGAUGUCAUCAGCGGUCAAUGAGCACUCCCAGCGGAUCGACAAUGUCAACAUCAUACCGGUUGAAUACCUGAUGGCAAAGAUGACACCGUGAACAUGAGUGAAUAGCUGUCCGUCAUGUCUUGUCAUCGACGUACCUCGCCAAUGCCGCCGCCAGCCGACAGUGAUUGCUGACUUUGAUCCAUGCCUCUGGCGCCAGCAGCUCGCGAUUGGCAUACGAUGAGAUGCGGUCCGUCGAGCGGACGGGACACAGCCUAAUACCAGCCAGCACGAAGUCGCCAUGGAGUGCAGGUGCGUCUGUAUGUCGGUAUGUGUUUGAAUGACUGUUUACGCGUCUAGCAGACUUCGACACGAGACCGCCAGCACAGCGACGCGUGCAGGCCUGAACUUCAACGGCCCAACAAGCCGAUAGACGGUGUGGAGGACUCGCUUGUCCGACAAACACCGCACCAUGGGAUUCUGACAGAAACAGACAGCACAUGUGAGAGGUCUGCCGUACAUGUUCGCUCUCUCUGUACGCACCUGCUUGUUCUGCUGCCGUGCGGCCUCUCUCUGCGGGUCCUGCAGCGAUGAGACCCACCGAUCGAUCGCCACCUGCUUCAAGGAACACACACAGCGGCAAGCGGUGAUCGAUCGGUUUAUGUACGGCAGACUUUGCGGCGGCGAAAGUUGUCGAAGAAAUACAUUAUCUCCGCAAUCUGCAGCCAUGCACACAGGUGAAGAGACUUGUGGGCUUGCAUGUUGCUGGCACUGAAUCGCAAUUCACUCACAUCCUGUGUGAGGCUGUCGUGUGACGCCGCAAUGGGUGGCACGGACAGGGCAGAGAUGUCCACCUGCAAAUGAAGGGCGUCACACAGCAGCAGACACGCAAAGAUGACCGCGGAUUCGGUAAUCGUUUGACCUUGCUGACCUGCAGAACACUUUCGACGAUAGGAUUGUCUUUGGCCUUGCCGCUGAUCAGCUCCCGAUCCCAAUAGCUGCACAAAUGGAGACAAUUCACUCGGUGCACUCAAGACAUGAGGGAUAGACACACCUGGCAAGGCUGCCCAGGAUAUGAAGCACGCUGCUGAUGGUGGUGCCGCCGCGAGAGACGGAUGCCAGACAUUCAGUGUCUUGUGUCACAACACUCAACAGGUGGGAGCACAUGAGCUCGGCCAGGCCCUCACACGAUGCAUACUGAGGAAAAGCGAAGACACCGAGGGCUAACACAGUGACGCAUCCACUGUGGUGUUUGCUGACUGACCGAGUUACGAGCAAGUAUGAGACCGAGCAGACGGAUCGAAGGUCCGAGAGCACGGAUCAGAAGAGGGGUCAUUGACGCAGGUGUGUAUCGGUGGGUGUGGAUGACGCUCAACGUCGCCGAGAGGAAGCCCGCCUGCACGAGGCGCUCGCAGUAGCCCGAUUCUGAGGAAACACAUACGUACAGGAGAAAUGAAUAGCGGCAUUCACCAUGCACCAUUACUCACCAGCCAUUGCCAAUGGCACGUUUAGAUAGAACAAGACGAGCCACUCACAGGCGGCGUGGUCCUUCAGCAUUGUGGCUAUCUUGCCCAGGGCAGCGGGGCUCGCUGACACAGUACGACACAUUGGCGCCAACACACCUGCAUCCGUACAAAUACCGACACACGCAGCAGUGGUGUGACGAAUCAACGAGUCCCCUCCGUAUCUACGUGUCCCGCACCUGGGUCAGAGGUACAGCGGAAGGCACAUGAGAAGAUGAUGCCUAUCAGCUCGUAUGCCCUCCACACAAUCACCUGAUCACUGCUGGUGACCAGUGUCUCGACGAGACCAUCGAUGUGGCAGAACAUGUGCUUUCGAAAUGCCCCCAGAUCCUCAGCCGUCACUGCGCGAUGCAGCAAAGACACACAGAUGCAUGGAAGGAUGAGAGCCAUGUUUGCCGCACCACACGGUCACCUUGGACUGUAUCGCUGCACAUCACUCCUCUAGCUGCCAUGAAGACUUGGCUUGGUAGUCUCAGCCUUCCCGCCGUGCUCUCCACCAAGACACCAAACAGUGGCAGCCACUCCGCACCAAACGGGUACCCAGCCUGAUCAAGCCAUGCGAGGAAGCAGCCCACCGCAGCCUGAAUCGAUGCGUCGCUGCUGUCACGGACGAGGCCCACAAUGCAGCCGGCGAGGCCUCCCUGACCCUGCUGUCGGUGCGCCUCGUCCUUCUUGGCGGCCAGCGAGAGCACGAGUCGCCCGACAGCUGGGUCACGAUACGGCAACAGCGGCAUUUCCCUGAGCUUUUUCACUUGCUCAACGAAGGGGGCGAUGUCACCAGCCAGCAGCGCAUCAACAGCGGCGCACGUGAUGGCAGCAGCAUCAGAGCCAGACGCCUGGCCCUGCCGCGCGUUGGCCGUGUGUUGCUGGUCGGGUGAGAUGGGUGAGUUGGUGGAGGGAGGGGAUGGGCAAGAGGGACUCGCUGGUUGCCGAUCCGCUGAUGCCGCCGCUGCGGCGAGUGGCGAUGGGUCGAUCAUGGAGCUGGUGGGGUCGACGGCAUGCUGCUGCUGGGUGCAUAUGCAGACAUCGGAAGCAGUGGGGGGCUGACGGCUGCCGUCCUGACAAUCAGACCCACACAUCACACACAUAUGCACGAACCUCCCUCGUGCCUGUCUGUCCGUACCGCUGUGGCGUCCGCAAGGGAGUCAUCCUCUACGGACCCAUCGCCGUCCUUCGCCUCUCCCGUCAGCCUCGAGCCCCCUUCCUGCUGCUGCAUGGGGACGCCGCCCACAGCCGAUGCGUCGACUGCUUGUGAGGCGAUGGGGGUGAGCUGCAUGGACUGGCCACGGGGGACGGAUGGCUGCGGUUGCUGCUGACUCUGGUGUGUGUCGAUGGCGCCAGUUGGCAUUGGCGGACGCUGGAUUGCGAUGGGGGGUGCGGACGCGAGCUGCCGAGAGGUAGCUUUGUUGCUGUCAGUCGCAGGUUUGCGUUCUCUGUGGGGAGAUGCUGGUGGCGGGGCAGACGACGCACUCUCUGUGCGGUCACCAGGGCCGCUCCCGUACGACUCAUCGCCAGACCGCCCACUCCCACCAGAUCCCUCCUCUGCCGGGUUGCCACUCAUACACUCAUGCUGCUGCUGCUGUGGUUGCUCCUGCUGGCUGGCAUCUCCUCUGUUGUCUGGGCUGUUGCUGUCUUCCGUCGGGCUGCCGGCGGAGAGCUCCUCGGAGUUGGCUUCCGUGGACAUGAGCGCUCAGGCGGCUAUCUAU